AUGGCCGGCGUACCCUUCGCCGCCAUUGGUGGACCAGGAUCGUCUUCGUCGCCGCCUCCACCGGGUGCACCCCCGCUCACGGGCUUGUCUCCUGCCGGAACACCGCCCAAGGCCGGAUCAGCAGGGUUGCUCGCGGGCGCAGGCAAGUUGCGCCCCGCCGCGGCUGCAGGACCCAAGGAUACGAUCCCGGCAUCAAAGACGCCGAGGAAGCAACGCAGCUCGAGGUUCCAUGUUACAGAGAGGAUCGAGUUGGAGCGGCUGCCAGGGUUCAUGGGUCAGUUCGCCCUUUCUAUGACGAGUCGCGAUUCGAUGACCACCUCUCUGACCCUAUUCCCCCACUCGUUCCAUGUACACAGAGGUCCCGCCGUCGGAACGGCACGAUCUGUUCUUGCAAAAACUACACCAGUGCUCGGUCGUAUUUGACUUCAACGAUGCCUCGACCGAAAUUGAGGGCAAGCAGAUCAAGUCGGCGACCCUGUCCGAGAUGCUCGAUUGGAUUUCGUCGCAAAGGGGUGUCAUCACCGAGUCGGUUUAUCCCGAGGUCGUGGCGAUGGUCAGUUGAACCCCGCAUGGGCUAGUAAUUGCUCUGGUUGAGCACUGGACUGACCCCAGCCUCCCAAUAUAUAGUUCGCAUCGAACUUGUUCCGAUCGAUCCCCCCACCCGUGAAUCCGACCGGGGACGCCUACGACCCCGAGGAGGACGAACCCGUGCUCGAACUCGCAUGGCCCCACUUGCAAAUCGUUUACGAAUUCUUCUUGCGUUUCGUCGAAAGCCCCGACUUUAACACCAACAUUGCGAAACGCUUCAUUGAUCAACAAUUCGUUCUCCAGGUCAGUUAGAGGGAACGAGGAGGAGAACCAUUCUCGAGUGUGCUUGCUGACAUUCGCACCCCUGCAUGAUCCCAGCUUCUCGAACUUUUCGACAGCGAGGACCCGCGCGAGCGUGACUUCCUCAAAACGACACUGCAUCGCAUCUAUGGCAAAUUCCUCAACCUGCGCGCCUUCAUUCGCCGCUCGAUCAACAACGUUUUCUUCCAAUUCAUCUUCGAAACCGAACGACACAACGGGAUUGCAGAGCUGCUCGAGAUCCUUGGGUCCAUCAUCAACGGCUUCGCUCUACCGCUCAAGGAGGAGCACAAAACGUUCUUGACGCGUGUGCUGAUCCCUCUGCACAAGGUCAAAGGAUUGGCCUUGUACCACCCUCAGCUAGCGUACUGCGUUGUCCAGUUCCUCGAGAAGGAUUCGAGCCUGACCCAGGAGGUCGUCGAGGGCUUGCUCAAAUACUGGCCCAAGGUCAACUCGCCCAAGGAGGUCAUGUUCCUCAACGAGGUGGAGGAGAUCCUUGACGUGAUCGAGCCGAUCGAGUUCCACAAGAUCAUGGUCAAGCUCUUCUCGCAGCUGUCGCGGUGCGUCAGCAGCCAACACUUCCAGGUCGCCGAACGCGCCUUGUAUUAUUGGAACAACGAGUACAUCGUCAACUUGAUCGGCGCGAACAUCCAAACAAUAUUGCCGCUGGUGUUCACGUCGCUAUAUACGAAUUCGAAUGGGCACUGGAACAGGUGAGCGUGGAACCGGAGGAUCUGGGGUCUGCGCCACUCACGUAGUCACUGAACCGCCUGCUCUCUCCGUGUACGCCCGCAGGCAAAUUCAUAACCUCGCUUAUAACGCUCUCAAGUUACUGAUGGAGAUCAACGCCGACGUGUUUGAGCAAUGCUCGGCCGAAUACAAAAAGUCGCGGCAAGCGUGAGUGGACGACGCAUUUAACCCAUGUACCCGCUGGUUCCUGACUUGUUGAGCCCUAUCGUGGCCCCAUCUUUCUACAGUGAGAAGGCGCGACAAAAGGUACGCGAGCAAAAAUGGCAGAUGUUGCGAGACGAUGCGCUCAAGAACAAGAACAACACAACGCCUCUACCAGCGUCGCUUCUUUCGGACGACUUGGUGCCGCAAGGGACGUACAACCCGAUGCAAGACCUCGAGGAUGAAGGGGAUGGAUCGUUCGGUGAUAUGGAGGACGAUGGACAGCAGAUGUCGAUGCGGUCCGGGGGUGGUGGGUACAAUGAUGAUGCGGAUCGGUCGUUCGGGAGACUGUAUCAAGGCGAGGAUGCGAUGGAGAGUGAUGAUGGGCAUGGUGAUUUGGUGAGUGGUUGCGCACGUCUCAAGCUCCUGUUUGGAAUGGUGGGUUGACUGGUCUGAAAAACUGAUCUUGGCUGCGCAUCCCCCAUCACAGCCGAAUGCUUUCCCCGAAACGGCGCGAAAGCAACUUCCCGGCUCGAGUGGACCGCAGGCGCCGCACGUGCGACGGAAGUCGGUCAUUCCCGUCGAUGCGUCCAUCUUGAAGGAAUUGGCAUCGCAUAAACCGUUGGACGAUGCACCUCUGAUCGGGUCGCGGCCGCCGAGGCAGUAG